CAUAAUGGAACUAGUACCCCGACAAGAACGGAACCAGAUCGCCGAAAAUCCUCUUAAGAACAAAGAACAACUGCUUUUAAGGAAAGAGCAGAGACUCUCUAAUAAUGUAAUGCUUGUGCUCAGAAUAAAACACAUGUUCUGAAAUUUCGGACUUAACAAGAACUGACUAAGAGUCAAUGAAGACGUCCUUAAGUAUAUUAAGGAUUGUAGUAGACUGAAGAAUGAACUGCAAGAGAGUAAUAACCUGAGGGUCGGAUAUGAAUACGAGAUUUCGAAGAGGAGUGAAAGAGUGAUUUCGAAGUUUUUGAUAGGCUGAUUUCCGAGGAAAGUUUCUAAUUGGUAUGUGCAUGAGAUUUUUAACCAGAAUACUCAAGGAUUUAGGCUAGAUCAGUCAAUUCUAUUUAGAAAUAUAUCAUGAACCUUGAAGAAGCUUUAUCUGAACCAUUGUGUAGUCCUAGAAACUCAUGUUGAGAAAUAUUUAGUGGGAGCGAGACAUCUCACUUCUCUGAUGUUCGGAGAUUGAUGUAUUAAAGACCAAAAGUUUUCUCUUAGCUUUGCUUCUUGUUUAUGUGGAACCCCUCAAUUGAAAUAUCUAGCCUUUAACUCUUGUAAUAUCAGAGGAAGUAUGUCUCUUUGCUACAUGUAUCCGACUAUGAAAACUAUUCUCAAAGGAAUCCUGGGCACUGUCUUUUGUAACUCAUUGAAAACAGUUGAAUUUAAGCCUAAAAGAAGAGGCUUUAAUAUCAACCAAAUUAAAUUUGAUGAUCUUGAACUGACAGAACACAACAUCUCAGUAGAUGUAAAAGCCAUGAUAAUUAAAUUUAAUUUUGAAUAAGAUGCCAUUCUAUA